GCUUGCCCCCUCUCCUCUCAGGCUCUCACCCGCUUGGCCGCUUCGUCGUCUCUCCCUUUUUAAUUUCCUGCUCCUGUGCCUGCAUUGGGUCGCGAUGGGGUCCACCUCUCCCUCAGGCCUGGAGCUCACCAUGGCUGUCCCCGGCCUCAGCUCCUCCUCUGGCUCAGAGGGCGGGUUCGGAUGCAACGCCGGGCACGGGAGCAGGAACGCCGCCAUGAGGGACCUGGACAUGAACCAGCCGGCGAGCGGCGGCGAGGAGGAGGAGUUCCCGAUGGGCAGCGUGGAGGAGGACGAGGAGGAGCGGGGCGCCGGCCACCGCCCCAAGAAGCUCCGGCUCUCCAAGGAGCAGUGCCGCCUCCUGGAGGAGAGCUUCCGCCUCAACCACACCCUCACGCCGAAGCAAAAGGAGGCCUUGGCUGUCAAGCUCAAGCUGCGGCCCAGGCAGGUGGAGGUCUGGUUCCAGAACCGCAGGGCUAGGACGAAGCUGAAGCAGACGGAGCUGGAGUGCGAGUACCUGAAGCGGUGCUUCGGCUCACUGACGGAGGAGAACCGACGGCUGCAGCGGGAGGUGGAGGAGCUGCGCGCGAUGCGGGUGGCCCCGCCCACCGUGCUCUCCCCGCACACCCGGCAGCCGCUCCCGGCGUCCGCGCUCACCAUGUGCCCGCGCUGCGAGCGCAUCACGGCGGCCACGACGACGGGCGCCGGCGCCCCCGCCGCGCGCACCCCACGCCCGGCGGCAGCCGCGGCGAACCCCUUCCACCGCGGCGUUCCGAUUAGGCGCUAGAGAGAGGCAAGGAAAGUUUGGUUUGCUACUUGCUCUAUCUAGCUACUAGGGGAAAAGAGUCGUGUAAAUUGGUGGUGCCGGAAAAACAGCGUGGGCGCCCGUAGCUGUAGGUGUGUAGGGGCUUGGAUUGGACCUUGGAGAGGUGGAGUCGCUUCGCCCGCCGUCCCCGUGUUCCUCAAUCCCACCACACCAUGCCAUGGUUCAAGAGUUUGUAGCUUGGUCGUGUCUUGUCUCUUGACCGACGGACGCACGGAUCGGUCGGUGGUCCGUUCGUCCGUUGCGUGUAUUGCCUUCUACUAGGUAUCUGAAUCUGAUAGUGAUGGGCCCAACACU